UGUGAAAAAUGGGAUUUAAGUAUAAGACCCAACGAACGUGAAAUAAACAUACAUAUUGUUCUUUAUGUUAUGAUUUGUAAAGCUUGUUAUUGGCGGUAUCGCUAAUUGUGUCCGGAUAAUCAAAAACUCAACAAGCGAACACUUCAAACAUCGAUUGUGCUUCCAGGAACUCUAUUCGGUUAAUGCUUAUCUAGACAUGCGUGUUUUCGGCGAAAGCCCCAAUUAAAAUGAUCAUGCAAAAUAAACAAUGUGUCAGAUCGAAUUAUUAUGGAAGAUUUUUGCGCUCUUUGUUGAUACGGAAUAAUUUACAACAUGUCCAAAUUGUUGUAGAAACUAAACAAGUGACCUAUCUACUAUGAAACAAUCUAAGAACAAGCCUACGCAUUUUUUCAUAUGAAAUCAGAUCUCAAAAAAUUCAGAACAAACUGGAUUUUCUUCAGUUACCGGUUUAAUAUAAUUGUUGUACUAUUGCUUCACCGUCAAAAUCUAAACGAUUUCAUGCUUCAAAUCAUAAAAAUGAAGAAUAGUUAGGAAAUAUUCUAACAAAAUAAGUGAAUCCAUCUUAUCUGUUUUUUUUUGCUGAUUAUCAGCUAGAGUUAGUGUGCACAUGAGUGUUGAAAAUAAUUUCCACAUAAAACCGUUGAUAAUGUUUAGCAGUCUCGUUCAGUUAACAAAAGUAGCAGUGAACAUGCGGGAGAGUCAACAGGGUGCAAAAGUUGAUUGCAAGAUUGAAUGAUUUGCAAGAAAUGUUCUGCGUUGGUUGUAAUUAAGAAGCUGAUCUACUGAUCGAACCUGAUCUUCUCAAAAUAAUCGUGAGACCAAAGGAUAUACUAAUCCAUUCAAUAAGUUCAUUGAAUGUGGCUCUCCUCAUCAGUGGCUCAUAAAAAGCGAUGCCCAAAGUGGUGAACGCUUGGGGUCAGAAGCCGGCAUGCUGUACGGAGAAUAUCUAAUGCUUGACAAAGUUCUUAGUGCCCAACGAAUGCUGUCGGUUGAGAGCAAUAAACCAGUCCACGACGAACACCUUUUCAUAGUGACCCAUCAAGCAUACGAACUGUGGUUCAAACAAAUAAUAUUCGAACUGGAUUCAAUUCGUCAUCUGUUCAGCACGGAGCAUAUGGAGGAAUCGAGAACUUUGGAAAUCUUGAAACGGCUCAAUCGAAUUGUUUUGAUACUGAAGCUUCUCGUAGACCAGGUCCCUAUUCUGGAAACGAUGACACCACUGGAUUUCAUGGAUUUUCGCGACUAUCUCUCACCUGCCUCGGGAUUCCAAAGUUUACAGUUUCGAUUACUCGAGAACAAACUCGGGGUAAAAACCGAACAUCGUGUGAAGUACAAUCAGAAAUAUUGGGAAGUGUUUGCCAGUGAUCAGAAGGCGGUCGAGAAAAUAGCAAACACCGAAAAUGAACCUUCCCUAGCCGAUUUGGUUCAAAAGUGGCUCGAACGUACCCCCGGAUUGGAAAUGGAUGGCUUCAACUUCUGGGGAAAAUUCCAGGAAAGCGUUGAAAAGCUGCUGACGGAGCAGGAAGAUAGUGCUAUGAAAGAAGAGUUCGAGCAUGUGAAAAACUACCGAUUGAUGGACAUUGAGAAGCGUAGGGAGGUAUACAAAUCAAUUUUCGACGCCAGCGUGCACGACGCUCUUGUGGCACGCGGUGACCGUAGAUUUACCCAUCGAGCGCUUCAGGGGGCUAUUAUGAUCACUUUUUACCGUGAUGAAGCCAGAUUUAGUCAACCACACCAGCUAUUGAUGCUACUGAUGGAUAUCGAUUCUCUCAUUACGAAAUGGCGAUAUAACCAUGUCAUUAUGGUGCAACGGAUGAUCGGUUCUCAGCAACUUGGCACUGGCGGAUCGUCUGGAUACCAGUAUCUUCGUUCUACUCUGAGUGACCGCUACAAAGUGUUUCUAGAUUUAUUCAACUUGUCGACAUUUUUGAUUCCGCGUAGUUCGAUCCCACCUCUUACCGACGAAAUGCAGAAAGCGUUGAAUAUGGCUUGGGGAUCGCCUGUACACAGAGCAAGACAGCUUCAUCACGUAGCGAAGUGAUAAUCACUAAUCGGUUGUAUUUUAAAUAAAAACAUUUGACGCAAUGCGCAAUAAUUUAGUUCAUAACUGUAUUGUAUAUUUGUUUUUACUGUAUAAAAAAUAAACUUAUACUCUCGCAAAAAGCUAAAUACUGCGAUCAUCACGAAUUUCGAUCGAAAUAAACAGUGUUGGUGGAUUAGGAUUUCA